AUGGGUUUAUUUUACUUCAAUCACAUUCGAUCUAGAGCUCCUAUCUUUCAAUUAAAAAAUCGAUUAUAUUCAACUAACAUUGAACACCUUAUUAAAAAUCUUGACAAUAAUGAAGUAAUUAAGACCACUCCUGACAAAAAAUAUAGAAUACAUGGGAAAGAAUCUGUUAUAAGGUUUAGAAAGGCAUUACUAGAGCAAGCAGAUCUAGAGAACAAAUCUUUAGGGACUAACAUCGAAGUCUCAAAGAAAAAACAUGGUAUUAGGGUAAAAGACAAAAAUAAAGGCUUAGAUCCUGGAUUGAUUAAAAAGAAGAAUAAAUCUAAACACCCUAUUGAAAAUUCUAAUAAAGGUUUAAAUUUGAAUAUAUCCAAUAAAUUAAAUGAUACAAAUACUUAUCACAAAUCGAAUUUCAAUAACAUCUAUAUGCCUUCUCAUGACAUAAAAAAUUAUGAUUUUAUAACAGAUAUGAUUAGGCAAAUGAAUCAGCCCCAUUUAGAUUUAAAACCAGUGAUUUCCACAAAUGAUUUGAAAUCUAGUCUUGCCAACAUCGAAGGGAAACAGUCCACAAAACAUAUUUCGAAAAAGACUUCUUUACCUAAUUCUACUACCAAUUUAAAACAAAAUAAAACUAAUUUCCACAUUAAUAAUGGUACACUUCACACCUUAGAGACAUAUUUAGUGGAGAAAGAUAAGCAAACUCAAGAAGCAAAUGUUAUUAGAACUAUCAAAAGAGAAAUUGAAUUGGAUAAUGAACUACAAAAGGAAAAAUUAAAUUCAUCAACAAACUCUUUUUCAAUUGAGAGAUAUUUCCAACCAGAAAAAUUUGUAAAAGACAAAAAAAACAAGCAGCAAAUAGAACCUAAAGAAUUUUUAAUUUAUGAUCUAGGAAGUCAAAAGAAUGUAAAAAUUAUCGAUCCAAAUAAAUUUGAUCAAGCUUUCUUCAAUAUUAACUACAAAGAUAUAUUCUCUAUUAUUAACAGCUCAUCACGACCUCCAGAUGAAGCAUUAGGAAUUAUUAAUAAAGUCGAGCAAGAGGGUUGGAAAUUAGUGGGUGACUUAUAUGGUGAAUCUAAAUUCUUAAUUGUUUUCCAGAGACCGUUAGAGAAUGUAGAUUCUGAAAUUGACACACAGAAGAAAACAUUCCAACGUUUAGUUACUACUAGUACACUAAUCACAGUAAUUAUGGUAUGUGCGUUUAUGCUAUGA